AUGUAUACUGUUUAUACGUCAUAAAAUGGCUCAAUUGCUCUUAAUAACUGCUUGACUUUGCCCUACGACACUUUAUUGAGGGUCGUUCUGUGCUCGAGAAACAUCUUCUCAUCCACUCCAGUACUCAUCACAAAUAUUCAACAUUCGACUCGUUCUCCCUCGAAGAAAGGUUCUCCAAGGAAACCAUAGAAAGGCUAUAAGAAAAUUCUAAGAGGAGAUGAAGAAGCCUUAUUGCCGAUGCCCUUCUACUCCGUCUACGAGCCCUAUCGAUAUAAUAUAUCGAAUGAUGGAGACUAUGUGUUUGAGAUCAAAUGUCGGCAAUUAGGCCCAAGUUUCCUCAGAAUAAUCUGGUUAGAAUCUAGAUGA